GCGAAAGCAGACCGGGAGAGUGAUGAAAAUGUUUUAUUGCCUUGGAGGGGCUGCGUCUUGAUCUGUCAGACCCGAGGAAGAGAGAUUGAGAAGCGAGGAGAAGCGACGAGAGCAAGACGCGCCGAAAUCCCAGCCCGGCAAAAGCAGAUUCAAGAAGGGAGAGAGAAAAAAGGUGGUCGCGAUUUUUAUUUUUAAAAAGGAUGAGGCGGCCGAGGAGUAAAAGCUAGACCCAGUCCAGCGAUGCUCGCGGAGCGGCGAGGAAAGAAGAGCGCACCCGGACCUUCUCCUGGCGUUUAGACGGCCAGAGGAGCGAAGCUACAAAAUCCGUCCAUGUCCCGGGAACAGGGAGCUCUUCUCCGCAGGCAGCCGCGCUCGGAGCCCCAGGCCGGGCGGGAGGAGAGAGCCAGCAGGAGAUCCCUUUCGGACUCGGAGGCAGGAGCAUGCCGAGGCCAAGAGGACCGGCUCCCAGGAUCCACUGAAGUUCUGCUCCUCCUCGUCCUCCAGCCGCCGAGAGGCGAAGGCCGGGAGUCCCCGCCGUCCAGCUCGCCCGCCGGCCUGCAAGCGCCGGGAACCACAGCCUUCGCCUCGGUCGGAACUGCAGCCGCGUCUUGAUCUGCUCUUUGCAAGUGAAUGUGCAUUUCUUCCUUCCUCCCCGACUCCUUCUCUCCCACCCCCGCUCCAGGACGGUGAUUUUUGUUUUGUUUUGUGGCGGCAAAAGACUUGGCGGUUCUUCUUCUCCACCCCGCCCCCACCAACCCCCAUUUUUUUAUUUUUUAAAAGCUCAGUUCAGCGCAAUUCUCCAGCCCCCUCCCCGACGAAGCAGCGAAAGAAGGACUUUAAAUACUGAAGGACUUUUACCUUUCCCAGCAGGCGUCGUAGCAUCCCUGAACUCUCCCCUAAAAACUUCUGCAGUCUCCCAGCUUCCCAAAGCAAGACACUCUCUCUCUCUGCGCACCCGCCCCACCCCCGCUCCUAGAAGGGGGCCGCUUACAAACACCCACCCUCUUAAGAGAGGACACCAAUCAUUAGAUACCCUUAGAUCAGGAUAGACCCCCCCUCCCACUUAGGGCUACUGUUCGCAGUAGCCUGAGAUUUUCUGCUCUCCAAUCCUUCCUCUGUUUUUUAUCAGCAUAAUCUUCUUUGGCUGGGGUUUAGUUUCAUUUUUCAGAACAGCGGCCCCCAACACUGCUCUCCCCCAGUGGCUGUACCACAGGGCACCCCGAAUCUCCCCUCUUUCGGAAGAAACAAGGCUGGAAUCUCUGUCUCAGCUCCUGAACGACCCCGAGAUCUAAACCUUGGGCUCCCACAGACAACCCACUCUCUGCUCUGAGACCCCAGGUUCUGGAGACCUCCCAGUGUAUUUUUUCGAGCGUAUUCCCAGCUCUCCCAACCCUUCCAGAUCAGGGAACCCCCUUUUCAAAGCGCCCACAGACCAGGGACCUCUCUCUCCUCCCCUAGUAGCAGGAAGAUUCAUCCUGCUUUCGCAGAACUAGGACUGCUCCCCGCGCCCCGCUCCGCCUUCUGCCUUUUCUGAAAACUCUGGAAGGCGGCCUGAACCCCCAAAUCGGGACGCUGCUCAGACCCAGAGCAGGGAACACCCACAGUCCAGACAGCCUCCCUUCCUUGUACCCGAAUCUCAAGGAACAAAUUGCCCCUGCACCCCAACACCAGGGCGUCCUCGUUUCCACAGUACCCCGAGAAUCAGGCCCUCUUCCUUCUCCCCUUCCCUUCCAACAGCGGAACAUCCCCCUCCCUUCCCGCAGUUUUAGGGGGGCUGGUCAGUCCCACCCCCUUCUCCCUGGUUCCCUCCUCCGCCCCCAAUAGGAGGAACCCCCUGUUCUGUCCCCACCUCCGCCGUCCGAAUCCCAGACGUCCGGCCUUCCGAGAGCGCAGGGGGUCGUCUCGGUGCAGCCCCUGGGAGGCCGCCCGGCCCGGGGAUGCUGGCGGUGGGGCAAAUGGAUGGCACCCCCCGGCAGAGCGCCUUCCUGCUCAGCAGCCCCCCCUUGGCCGCCUUGCACAGCAUGGCCGAGAUGAAGACCCCUCUGUACCCCGCCGCGGCCUACCCGCUGCCACCCCCCACAGCAGGCUCGGCUGUUCCCAGUGGACCCUCGUCCUUGUCCUGUUCCUCCUCUUCCUCGUCGUCGUCUUCCUCGGCCUCGGCCUCUCCCUCGCCGCCGCUAGUCUCCCCGACGCCGGCCGGCCUCAAGCCCCACAGCGCGGGGGCCCUGUCGGCGCUGGGCUCCCCCCCGCAGCAGCUCUCCGCCGCCACCCCGCACGGCAUCAACGACAUCCUCAGCCGGCCGUCCAUGCCCGCCCUCGCCGUCUCCUCGGCCGCCGCCUCCUCCUCCUCGGUGGCCUCCUCGACGUCCGCCUCGCCGGCCGCCGGCCUCCUGGCGGGGCUGCCUCGCUUCAGCAGCCUCAGUCCCCCGCCGCCCCCGCCGGGCCUCUACUUCAGCCCCAGCGCCGCCGCCGCCGUGGCCGCCGUGGGGCGCUACCCCAAACCCCUGGCCGAGCUGCCCGGCAGGACCCCCAUCUUUUGGCCAGGGGUGAUGCAGAGCCCGCCUUGGAGGGACGCGAGACUCGCCUGCACGCCGCGUAAGUAGCUCCGAGGGGUUCAAGGGGCUUUCCUGCCCACGGGGACCCUCUUUCCCCAACGCCAGAACCAUUUCACAAAACUGCGCGCAGUGCGCACCCCGAGCUAGCCGUCUCCGCCAGCUGCAGCCCUUACCACUAGGCACUGCGGCCUCCCGGGCACGGGGAUACUAAGUCUCCAUGUGGUUCCUUGGACACCGCAGCCCUCACAACCCCGUCCCCCAGGCACGGGCCCCCGGGAUGGGAUGGGGACAAAGUCACAGAGAGAGAGACGCUCGAUCAAAAUCUCCAGGGUUACCCACAGUGGCUGUUACGCGCAAAAUAUGCCCACUGAAGGACUCCGUUGACCUCUAGGGCCCUCUUUCGCCGCCCAUCAAUUUCCUCUAGCCCUUCCCAGAUGUCUCCAUUGGGUACCGAGACCCUCAGUCAUUUGGCCUUCAACCCAGUCAUCUCCAAAGGUCCUCUUCCUUGGGCAACGGGCUGUUGUGCUCUGGCCACCAGCCUUUGCGCCCGGAAUUGGAGAGCUGGGCUGGAUAAGCAGCGACGGGGUAGUUUAAGCCGGGAGGAUAUGGCGCACUGCCUCUCCACUUCCCACCUGCUCCCACACACUCAUCCAUGCAGUGUUUGAGACCCAUGCUUCCUUGACACGGCCUUGUCCCUAAACUGCAAAACGACACGCAUUUGUUUACAAGGUCCCGGGGACAGUUCAGGUAAGGGGCACCUGCUGCUCUCAUCCCUGGCAUGUUCUCUGCGGGGUUACAGGAGUUUGAGACGCAGUUGCUCUACAUAGUUACUACCGGGACAAACAGGUUUUAAGUAGCAAAUAAAUGCCCUCUAGUCCAUUUCCACUCCAGCAGUACUUUAGAGGUAGACUUCGGUUUUGCAAGGCAAUCCGCUUAACUGAUACCGCAACCUCGGAGCCACAAGAGUAACUCUUCCGCACUUUUGAGGGACGGCUUUUUAAAACUGCAGGGUGGGUAUUUUUUUUGUUUUGCUUUUGUUUUUGCACCAAGUAAACAUGCAUGCACAGGGCCGUGCUGCAAGAGCAAGGUUUUGGACGCUCCUGCCCCCCCCCUCCGCUGCAGAAAUAGUAGCUGUUCAAGGGAGCUUCGCCCGCCGCGGCGAUUUUUGUCUGCUUCUGCAGUAGUAUUUGACUCGCCGCGUUGCUUCUCUGUUUACCCCCAGCGGUUCUGAGGAUGCGUCCGUCCUGCCUCUGCUGACGCGCUGGACAUUUUUGCUUCUUGCAAAAUAAAUCAACAAUUUGGUUUAUUUUUAAAAAGAUACAUUUGCCGCAAGCACGAUCAUUUCCCCUUUCCGCACUUUAAACUCCAGCCUAGCGGCUUGUUUUCCCUGCGCGCCCCAAUCCUACUCGGAAGUAACUCCCAGAGUGUUUAGCGGGUCUUACUCCCAGGUUAGGCGCAUGGGAUCUCAGCAACAGGGUUAAAGGCGACCUGUCACCCCAUUCCCCCCUAAAUCUAGACUGCAAGGAAGAAAGAAAAACGUGGAAAGUUUUAGUUAUUCGUUUUGGCCCUUUCUCAGAGGAAAUGCGAGUGGCAAAUUAAGCCUCCUUGUUUCUUAAACAAACGACUUGAGUUGCAGUUGAAUGCAGAGCUACUGGGGAGUAUUCAAAUCAGUUGGGUUUACUCUUGAGUAAACAAGGUUAACUCAGCUGUGUAAGACUGCUACUUGCUUGUUUGGGUUUUCCCUUUCUUUCAUGGCUUUGAGGAGCUUGCGCUAUUGAAAAUGGGCGGCUUGAUUUUUAAAAAAUAAAAUCCUCUGCUUUUGGGGAGGAAUCUUUGAUACAGGAGCGAACCUUCUGGUUUCGCAAGCAGGGGCGAAAAAAUGUUAACGAAACGCUUGUUGUUCUGUGGAGUACUUCAGAUGCCCUAUCCUCCUGAUCUUUUAAAGUUAAUCGUUUUGAGUUAACAUUUAAUUUCCUUGGAGUACUUUCGAAACCUAAAUAUCAGACUUGGAGGCGGAAUGGACGUUGUUUUCAGAAAGGUGAACAACGAUAAAUUGCGUCUCCCUCUCUGUGUGUCUGCAUAACUUUCUCCGAAGCAUAUGCGAUGCCUAAACCAUUUCGGAUUUGCACCUGUUUGUAAAAUCCAGGAUGCCCCAAACCGUCGCAGUUUCUUCAAAGAGGGCAGUUUUUCAUCGCGGAAAUUCCCCUAAGAAGGAUUUUAAAUACAUAUGUGCCGCACCACUCAGAGGGACUGUCAAGCGCGCGUAUACAUUUAUGUCCAUUGCUUUGAAAAUAACAAAUAAUAAUAAAUAUCUCCAUAUAUACCUUCCUCCCUCCCCUCCCCUCCUGCGGACCCUUCCCUCUAGAUCAAGGCUCGAUUUUGCUGGAUAAAGACGGCAAAAGGAAGCACACAAGACCGACGUUUUCCGGCCAGCAGAUUUUCGCUUUGGAAAAGACUUUUGAGCAAACGAAAUACUUAGCCGGGCCGGAACGGGCGAGGCUCGCCUAUUCGCUGGGGAUGACCGAAAGCCAAGUGAAGGUGAGAGUAGCAGGUCAGAUAAGAGCCGAUCUCUGCGCGCGCGCCCCCGCUCCUCCCUACUCCCUCCCCGUCUCCCCCGCCCCAGCCACUGCUCAAUCUGGUCGGGAGAGUGUUAAAAUGCGGCCGAUAAGAGGGAGAUAUGGAUGAACAAAAGGGAUCGGGCGCGUGCCCUCCAUAUCGCUUUCAUCUUGCAAUGGGUAGAGGGGCCGCGCGCGUGCCUUUCGUUACCGCAUUGUUGCUGCCGCACGGGUUUUGAAAGACAGGGGGAAAUAUAAAUAUAAAUUCUAAGCUGUUUUUCCUAAUUUGCAGCUUUAGAUAAUUAUACAUAAGAGUAAGGUACAGCUUUUUCGUUAAUGAUUUAUUAUUAUUAUUAUUAUUAUUAUUAUUUAAUAUACUUGCUAAUUAUAAUUAUAGCCAUGUUGAGUUUACAAACUGGCCCGCAACUAAAUUUUUUACCUAUUUGUUUGCAGUUUGUGCUAUUUCAGUACCCCCACAAAAAUGAAGGAAAUAGAAGACUAAAUGUUCUUAUAUUUCCAAUGAUCCUCUCCCUCCUCAGCUUGUUAACAUUCUUGCCCAUCUCUUACUUCGGAAAUAAGUUGUAAUAAAAUGAAAGAACUUCUGCCCUUCCGAAAAAUAAAAUAAAAUAAAAUAAAAGUUGUUCUGGAUCGUGUUAUGUUUUGGGAGAAAAGGCCAACUAAAUAUUUUUAUGGAAAUAUAUUUAUGACUUGGGGAGAAGUGGGGUUAAUAUCCUACCGUUAAGGGGAGAAUUUCUUUUUUUUUUAAGGACCACGAUCCCAAACACCGUUGAGAACUAUUGAAAAGAGUAUAGGCGUCCCGCUCUUGAAUGCAUUUACUCGUGAGUAGAUGCCACCGUGGAUAAAGGGGUCGGGUCUGCAAGGGAGCUGAAAGGAGACUUUUUUUUAGAAAAAGGAAUUUCGAUAGAGUGACCUCCCACCGGAAGGUGACUAUUUAAGUGAGGAGGUCAUUAAGAGGAACAAUUUCUGGGAACUAAGUUUCGCCCAAGUCCAGUGAACCUCACGUCACUCGCGGUGGGAGUCCACGAAGCUGCUCCGGUGUGUGGAUUGAAGCAGCUAAUUUAGUACUGCUUUCAAUACAGCACUAAUGACUGCAGUCAUAUAAGGCGAUCACUUUGGAUUCGGAGCUCCGUCCAGGGGCAUUAAAUCAAAGGGUAGUUUUGCCACUGACACCAGUUGGACGGUGGUGGUUUUUGCACCUAGCACGUAUUUAUUAGACAGGGGUAGCCGCGCGAAGUCUUUUCCAGGAGAAACAACCAAAGAAUAUUGGGACGCCUUGGACUUUAUUAUAGGAUAUGCUUUCCUGGACCAAAGUCCACUUCAGUCAGAUGCAUAGAUGGACUCCAGAAACCCCAAGCUGAUGCCAUAAUAAAUGGGUUAUUCUAUAUUAUUAGAUUAAUUAGGUCCGUGGGCCAGAAGUCCCCCCCCUCCCCAUGGUCUAUUUGGAGCCACAAAACUAUAUUAAAAUGCCAGCAACAUCUAGUAUUCAGCUGUAAGGCAACAAUUUUAAAUGCUGAGUGAUUGGGUUGUGGUUCUUACAUAGAAAAAAAGUGAUCCUGAGACUGCAUUCAAAAGCCUGUAUUUUAUACAUAAUUAUGCAUUUAUACGCAGCAUUCUAUGUAGAUCCAUAAAAGGAACAGGAAAAUGAAGCGAGGGCUCCAGCUACAUCAGUAAAAUGACAAUCCUGUAUUUUCGGAUGAACCCUCAUAGGGAUUUAUUUCCUAGUAAAUAUGUAUAGGAUUGUACUGGAGGACUAUUAAAGCUACAAUCCUAUAGUCCGUUGAACUGGGUGGGGCUUACUUCUGAGUAGACACGUGUAGGGCCGCACUGUAAUGGUCGCAAAGUUUGGUUGCGUGUGGCUUCUCUCCCAGGCUGAUUUGGAUUUUUAGAAUUAUUUUAGCACGUGUCUGGAACCCCAGAGCCCUUCGUUUGAGCCAUAGAGAUCCAUUCCUUUGAAUUAGCAGAAUUAGCAAGAAUAAAAAGUAGUUUGAGAGCCCACGAAGGCCUCCCUCCACCUCUCCCUCGAUUGUGGUUAUAUCAAGGGAAAACGAGUAGAUGCCUUGUCGCAGAGGGUGACUGUAAUGCGAGUACAGUGUAUUUGUAGGGUUCCACUACCCCUCAACUCUCGCCACCCCUUUUUCCAAAGGGAAAAUUCUCCAGACAACGUUUGGAACAAAUGUAGUUUAACAGAUUGGAUGCGUGUGUGUGUGUGUGUGCGCGCGUGUAUUCGUGUUCAAAGAGUGUGUGUGUGUGUGUGUGUGUGUGUGUGUGUGUGUGUUCCUUUAUAGAUUGUCUCUUCUUCCUGAAGUUAUCUAGAGACCCUCAUUUGUCACUGUAAAUAUAUGGGGAAGACCGUGAAUAAAUUACUGUAGUACUUGUAUAUACUAGGAGCAGAAGCCCCAUCUAUUUAUUGCAGUGAGUUUGGGGAGGGGGAAAAGUUGUACUGUGCAUCAAAUGUGUAUUGUGAACAUGACCGUGCAGUUAUGGGGAAUUAUUAUUAUUAUUAUUAUUAUUAUUAUUAUUAAUACAAAAAUAUUUUUCUCUUGCCAUGUAUCUUUCUUAAGGCUACUUUCCUAAUUUUCUGAGCAGAUAGAUGUAUUAUUAGAGAGAUGUCUUAUUAGAGGUGAUGGAAUGUAUUUGUUGUACAUCAAAGCUCUUAUGGACCCAUUUUUCCCAGAGAAAAACCCGCAGGAUUCAUUUAGAUCUCAUUGAUUCGAACAGAAGUUGAGCAGCACUAACUUUUUCCUCAGCCAAAUGUGUUUAUAAUCUCCUGGACUAGAUAAAAGUGUCCCAUUGAUUUCAGAGAGACGUGGAGCCCAAUCCUAUACAUAUCUAAUCCGAAGGAGAUAAUAUUAGGUCUUAUGAGGCUUGCUCCCAAGUAAGGCUAUCAUUUUAUGCACUUUCACCUGGAAACAAGUUCCAUUGCAAUCAGCUGGGCUUACUUCUGAGUUCAUGCACAGAACAUAUGUGCAUAGGAUUGUAAGAUUUACUCCCAAGUAACCCUUCACAACAUAGUGUGAGCAAUUCUUUCUGGACUGGAAACGGAGGCAGCCUCAUUGAGUUCAAUCCACAGAAGUUCCCUUAAGACAGGGUCAUUUGUACAAAUGUAGUUAGAUCUAAAAGAACAACAGUCCUGCCUUUGGGGGGGGGAGUGUAAAGAUAUUAAUUGUAGAGCGGGGGUGUCAGGGGGAGUUGCAAUGGUUACUUUUAGCACAGUCUACUUGAGUACCCUUCUUUCAAACCACCCGGUGCCAGGGAUUUAUAGACCUAAGAAGGAGGAGAGCUUUCCCUUUGAAUUACCCUUAAGGAAAGCAAUAACAAAUGAGGAUGCGCAUAUUUUGGUGUGACAGAUUGGGGAGAGGGGAGUGCAGUGCAGCUUGGUAUAUUUUCAUUUUAGUCUGGAGGGGAGGGAAAGCAAAUAAUCAAAAAGAUAGAGAGACAGUAGUAAAGCAAAUAAGGGAGAAGAAAGAAGAAGUGGUGUGUGGACUUUAGCAGAAAAUAAAAAGUACAAAAAUGAGAGGCAACCUACAUAUUAUUAUGCAAAAGCUUGUUUUAGUGCACAGAUCAACAUUUGCUUGUUUAUGACAAUCCUGCCGCAGCUGGACUGCUUAACUCCCACUGUCUUCAACAGGAGUUAAGCAUCAUUUGUGCAGGCAGACAGCCCAGCUCUGGGUGCUCCUUUGGACAAAAUGUCAAAGAAUGAAACAAAGGUAUAGGGAGCAGAGACUUUAAUGAAGAUGUUAGUGCAUCAGGGUGAGGAAAAGCUCCUUAGCUCCAGACAUAAACAUGCUAUUUCUGGGCACCAUCCAGCCACGGUUAAAUACUUUUGCAUGCCAUUGAUUUGAAUAGAAGAGAGUCAAGCAAAUCCUCACCUCUGCUAUUCGAAUCAGUGGCACUUAAAGGUCCUCAGAACGUCAGCUAGAUUAUGUUAAUGGUUGUUGUCACAAUUUACAUACAGCACAACCAAUGCCCAUGGCACUUUACAGGGCAAGUAGGCCAAAGAAAAAAUUGGCAGUGCAGUUCUCUGCCCCGAGAAGCCUACAGUUUAAAUUUUGCCAGGAGGGUGGUGUGGGGUGAAAGGAAUGGAAGGAAUGGGGCAGGCAAAAUAAGGAAAGAAUGUAGUGUGACUUACUGUUUACUCAGAAGUAAAUCACAGUAGUAGUAGUAAUGCAUAGGACUGCAGGAUUGCAGAAGGGUACAAAAACUAGGAGGUUAAUCUGGUCUCCCUAACAUAACCACAAUGAAAGCACUGAGAAGUACUUAUAUUAAGCACUCACACCGUUUUAUGCAAUAAAUCACUCCAACACAUCAACAUGACUUCUGCUGUAACUGCAUUGGCGAUCACAUUAUGCUAAUAUUUGCCUUCUUAAUAAUAACUCUAUCUUGCGAAAGCUCCUUGGUCUUUGAAGAAGCAAUUGUUCUUAUGUAGAACAGCAACAAUAAAUGAAUAUGUCUGUCCUGAUUGCUAAGUGAGUAAGUAAGCGAAUGUUAUAAUUUCCGUGGCAGCAAUUACAAUAGCUUUGCGGUGGUCACAAUAAUCAUGGAACAGAUAGCAAUUAUUGAUAUAAUUGUUAACACUGAUGGGAAUCAUAUGCUGAAAAGCUUUUGAAAGCUGGCAGUGAGAGUAACUAUGCUGCAGCUAUCAAAAUUACUAUUAUUCAUUUGUGUUUUUAAUAGGGGAUUUAUUUGCAGCGGUAGGAACGCCAGUAAUUAAAGAAUGCUAAAAUAUCAGUGCACACUGUGAUAUGGAUAUGGAAAGUCAAUUUGGACUAUUAGUCCAAAAUAUCACUCGUGGCAGCAAUAAAAUUGGGAUGCCCGGUGGCAUCUUGACCUCAUUUACUUGGGAAGUUCCACUGAUUCCAACGGGACUCCCAGGACUACUCGGUUUUAAAGUUAGUAGCUCUGAAUGGGGACCCACACGCGUAUCAGAAGACAUCCAGUGAAUUCACACUGUGAUGCACAUGAGGAUAGCCAUGCAGAGGCACAUCUGCUCUGUAUUGCUCAUGCAUGCCUAAGAAUCCUUCUGCAAACGGAUCUGCCUUGUUGGAUGGAGGAAGUGCAUUUAGACUGCAGGAUUGCUGCUCUAACGGUACUAGCCAUGCGAUCAUGACACUGGGUGAGACCUAACAGCGGUUGCUUGGUAGUGUUAGUUCACAGUGCCACUUACAACUGGCAGGAAAAGGGGCACAGUCCUGUCUACUGGCAAACUCCCUUGGGCAAACCUCGCUGAAAUGAAUGGGAGGCAGUAGUGCAAUUGGGAAGGUAAUGCAAGACUCUGGACUGAAUUGUCUUAUUGGGUGGGGAGUGGAUGGACUCCUGAGAACCUAAGGUUUAGAGGAUGAUGUGUGUUUUUCCAUUUAUUUUAAAAAUGUGAUAAUUCAGACCAUAUGCAUGUUUGACUUUCUGGCUCCAUCUGCUAAGUGGGGCCCUGGGCUUGUUACCGUAUUUGUAUCCUCAUUUACUGCAGUAAGUUUGCAGAUGAUCUUAAAAUAACAGAUUAGUUAACAGUAAGUUCAUGAACAUGACCAAGAGCUGCUUGGUUGUUUGUUUGUUUUUUUUAAAAAAAGCUUAAUAAUAAUAAUAAUAAUAAUUUAUUUAUACCCCACCCAUCUAGCUGAGUUUCCCCAACCACUCUGGGCGCGUCCAAUCAAGUGUUAAAAACAAAACAGAAUUAAAUAUUAAAAACUUCCCUAAAUAGGGCUGCCUUCAGAUGUCUUUUAAAGAUAAGAUAGCUACUUAUUUCCUUCACAUCUGAAGGGAGGGCGUUCCACAGGGCAGGCGCCACUACCAAGAAGGCCUGGUUCCCUGUAACCUCACUUCUCUCAAUGAGGGAACCGCCAGAAGGCCCUUGGCGCUGGAUUUCAGUGUCCGGGCUGAACGAUGGGGGUGGAGACGCUCCUUCAGGUAUACUGUACCGAGGCUGUUUAGGGCUUUAAAGGUCAGCACCAACACUUUGAAUUGUGCUCGGGAACGUACUGGGAGCCAAUGCAGAUCUCCCAGGGAUAUUGCUCAACAAAUUAUUGUCAUAAGGGUAACAUAGCCAAUUCAUAGUUGGUCAUCGAGUUUUAGAGUGAUGUAUGUCUGUUCUGGAAACUACACAUCAUUCACAAGUGUCCCAUUUCGGCUGCCUAAAUCCAUUGCUAAGUGUUCACCACUAGAGGCAUCACAGUCAACUUACUACAACAUGUUGUAUGUCCAACCUGCAUGACUGCCCCUCAAACCUUGCCCAGAUGCCACCUCCAAUAGUGGAUGCCAUUCGUUGUCCUCCCAUUCAUUUUUACAGGGUCUUCCAGAGAAGCAGGUGUGAGUGGAUCAUGUCCAAAUCAUCUGGAAGCGAGAGCUAAAUGUAGCAUCUCCAGCAAAGAGAUAUAUUAAGACCUGACUCAAUGGCUUUUCCACAAUGCUUGCAAAUGUUGCAACCGGUAACAACUUAGAAGAGCAGUUUCCUUCAAAUGUGUGUUUGUGUGUGAGAGGGUGGAGAAGGCCUCUCUUAGUAUCACACAUGCCACACACAGUUUCUGUAAUAUUUGUUUUGACAAUCAUUUUUUUAAAAAAUCUCCUUUCUUUUAAACCGACCAAGGGAAUUUAACGGACUUGAAAAAAGAGACUUUAUUUGUACUAUUGUUAGCCAAGAAGAAUAUUUAAUAAAAAAUAUAUUCAGAACAAAAACAUAGACAAAUGAAUUUAACCAAGUGCACCAGAAACAAUUGAAAUUGGCGCUCUUUAUAUGAUCAGUAGGCAAAAUGGGGCUAACUUUUCAUCAUACCUUUAUGAUGAAAGAUUGCACAAUUAAACAACAGCAAAAGCAACUUUGGGUUACCGCAUAAGAAGGUUCCUUAUAACAAGUCAGGCCACUGGGCCUUAUAACUCAGGGCUGUCUACGAUGAGUAGAACAUCUCUCCAGUGUUUCAGGCGUCAAGUCUUUCCCAGUCCUCCCUGAAGACACUGGGCAUUGAACAUGGGACCUUGUAUAUGUACAACAUGGUCUCUACCACUCCCCAGUUUAAGUUGAUUUGUUCAAAGGGGCAGGGUCAUCCCUAGGGGUUGACUAGGUUGGCACCCACCAGGGCACAGGCCCAGGGGGUGCAAAAAUCGUGCCCCUCCACUCUGACUCAGAGUGGCUAGGAACCUGCCCCGCCACCUGCCUGCUGCCUGGAAUAUUCCUCCGCUGUUCUGAGUGGCAAGGCACACAGGCUUCUCUGAGGACCUCAAGAGAUGGGGUAGGGGAUAUUGAUACAGCCAAGUCCUUCUGCACAUUUCCCAUGGUGCAUGGGAAUGAAUGAGAACUAGGCAAGGGUCCUACUCUUCUCAGCUCCCAUUCAUUUCAGCAAGGCUCACACAGGAGAACUUCUAGUGCAUGGGGAGGGAAACUAAGCCGCGGGGGCCGGAUCCGGCCCAAUCGCCUUCUAAAUCCAGCCCGUGGACGGUCCGGGAAUCAGCGUGUUUUUACAUGAGUAGAAUGUGUGCUUUUAUUUAAAAUGCAUCUCUGGGUUAUUUGUGGGGCCUGCCUGGUGUUUUUACAUGAGUAGAAGGUGUGCUUUUAUUUAAAAUGCAUCUCUGGGUUAUUUGUCGGGCAUAGGAAUUCAUUCAUCCCCCCAAAAAAAAUAUAGUCCGGCCCCCCACAAGGUCUGAGGGACAGUGGACCGGCCCCCUGCUGAAAAAGUUUGCUGACCCCUGUUCUAGUGGCUUAGACUCUUGGGCUGGAAUCACUUACGACUGCAAGCAACAAACUCAAGAGUAAACCCUAUCACUUUCAUUAGCACUGACUUCCAAAGAAGUGGAUUUAUGAUCCUGCUGUGGAGGGUUGCCUUGCUUUCUUUUAACUAGGUUGGUUAUUGGCCCCACAGAUGAUGAUUAUUAAUUUUUAACCAAAUCGGCUUCAGAUCUAAGCACAUGGUCUUUACUGAGAUACUGGUCGUUUGGAAGCUAAUAGUUUGUAGAAGCAGCUGUUGCCAGUGCUAUAAGGUAGCUAGUACAAUGCCCUCCAGUCGUUGCGGGAUUAUGGAAUUAUUAAAACUAAUACAGAAUAAUUUCAAGAAGGAGGUAUAUUUGAGGGGAGCACAGAUCUAUGGGUACAAAGCGUUAUUUAAACCCUUUUACCAGUUUGCCAGGUACAGGCAGGGUGUUCCUGUAGAAUCUAGAUGAAACAGAAUUCUAAUCUCAAUGUCCAUUACAUACAAAACCAGGGAGCAUACACUACUUCACUUUGCAUAUAAAUGUUGGUACUUAAUUUCCUUUAAUCAGGAUGCGUAUGCUGGGUUUUUUUCCACAUGUGCUUUUUAGUACAAUGGGGAUACUCGUAUGCACUGGUGGUUUUUAGCAUGGAAUCUUAAAUUAUUUGGAUUAAUUAACAAGGGCGCAGGUGGCGAACGACUGAAAGCAAUAUUGUCACGAUCGUCUGAAGGCAAUAUGGUCUUGCUGUAGCUAAGGAGAGCUGGAGGGAGCCCUGUGUAAGCUGUCUUGAACUUCCAUUGGGAGAAAGGCAGGGUGGUCCCCAUUAGGGCAGGACUUUGGGGCAGAAGUUCAGGGUGCUACUUGGGAUGAGUACGUCUACACAAUUGACUUGCCACAUUUCGAAGUAACGCAGACUGGAUAGCUCAGUCGGUAGAGUUUGAGACUUAAUCUCAGAGUUGUGGUUUGAGCCCCACAUUGGGCAUUGCAGGGGUUUGGACUAGAUGACCCUCGACCCUCCCUUCCAACUCUACAAUGCUAUAAUUCUAUUUUACCAUCCUAGUGAGACCAUCAAGUUCAAAGUGUAAACUUGCCUAACUGCGCCAUUGAUACAAACUAGUUGAACUAGCCAUUCCAUAAUUAGAGGCUGCAGUUUUAUGCAGAUGAUGCUCAGUCAGGAAUUUCGAAAGUGAGGUGUUGUGUGUGGCUUAGGGAGAAGCUAGGCAAGUUUCACACUCACCCUUCCUUUCUCAAGUCUAUUCGAAUUAAGUUCCACUGAGCUGAAUGGGGCUUGUUCCCAGGAAUUUAGGUAUUACCACUUUAACCUGUUGACAGGUGAGCACAGAACUCAGAGUUGCGAGUCACCCCGGAUUAAUGGAUUAAUCCGGAUUAAGAGUGCAUAUGCCGGAGUCUUUGUUGAGGCCAGAUCCCCUCCUUCCUGCCUGGUUGAGAACGUGAGAAGCAGGUUUAAAUUCGCAUCAGCGGAUGACGGAGCCAUCGAGCCGAUCACUCCGGAUUCGUUAAUCCGGAUCGAACUAAAAACUGCGUCUAAACGGAACUCGGGGGGCCUCGCGAGGGGGGGAAACUGGGUCUCUUGCUUUACCUCGUUUCUCUUGCUCUCUCCGCGCCCUUGUGCAGGUUUGGUUCCAGAACCGGAGGACCAAGUGGCGGAAGAAACACGCGGCCGAGAUGGCGACGGCCAAGAAGAAGCAAGACUCCGAGACGGAGCGGCUGAAGGGCGCCUCGGAGAACGAGGAAGACGACGACGACUACAACAAGCCCCUGGACCCCAAUUCGGACGACGAGAAGAUCACGCAGCUGCUGAAGAAGCACAAGACCGGGGGCGCCAGCGCCAGCCUCCUCCUUCACACCUCGGAGAACGAGGGAUCCUCCUAGACGGCAGAGAUCCCGCCCGGCAGAACGAGACCGAGGGGCCCCGAUAUCAUCCAUCCAUCCAUCCCCGACGGCUGCUUCUUCCACGACCCUGCACCCCCUCCAGACAGAUGUACAGAUCUAUUUUUCUACCCAGAGAAGAAGGAGAAGAGGUUCCCCGACGUGUUUCAGUUUUGUUUGCUGCUGGUGGUGGUGGUGGGGAAUGACUGUCGGCGGGCCGGCUGUGCGGCCCCCGCUUCCCUCCCUGAUUCCGCAAAGGGGAUCGGCGCCGCUCGACGGCCAACUUCGUUCUCUCCUCUCUGCCCCCUGCUGGCCAGACUCAGAACUACAUCCGUGGGCGACUCUGUAAAUAAUGGGGGGGAAAGCGAGCGGACUUCUUUGACUGUGAAUAUUUAACGUGUACAAUACUUUGGUUUCUUGUUCGUUUGAGUGUCUGUGUGUGUGUGCGCGCGCCUAGAAAGAGUGCGUUGGCUGUUUGCAUUUCCUUUACUCCUCCGUGUGGCUUUAUUGGGGGAAAGCUCGCUUCUAAAAGUCCUUCUCGUUCGGUUUCAGUAGUGAGAUUUGUGGCAUAUGAAAGCAGGUAGGGAUUUAUUUUCUGAAAUAGCUCAUAAUUGUUCUUCUGUCCCUCUCUUUCGCUGGCUGCGCAAUAUUUCUAAUCGGUGCCAGAGUUGGGGCUCCGAAAAGGGAGACGGAAGGAAAUAUAACCAGUUUCGUUUCAGCGAAUCGUCUUCUGUCAGUGUAAGACUAGGCAAGUUUGAGGGUCACACAGGAGUCUUCAUCAGACAGAAGCAGAAUUUUGUGUAAUGUUGGCAUUUGCACAGUUGGCCGCAGCCUCAGAUUUGAAUUUAGUCGCUCUGCUCCCCUGCACACUUCCUUGGAAGCGAGUUCCUUUGAAUUCAUCUAGAUAUUCUUCCAAGUGAAUGGCUACAAAUUUUCCUUUAUUUCCCCUCAGUUUUAAUUGAGUCCUAGAAAAUGAAGCUAAUGAUCUCUUUUGCUGUUUGCCAAGCAUAAAAUGUUCCUUACGCCAGAUGCCAAUAAGGCUAUUUAAUUACUAGCAUCUGAUUUAAUUUAAAUUUAAUUUUUUUGUUUGGUUUUUUUGUUUUUUGUUUUUUGGAAGCAGGCCUGGGAGAGAUGAAUAUUUUUAAAUGGUUGACCUUACCUGUUCCCAGAAAAAAAGCGUAUUAAAUUUGCUGUGGAGAUAUGUUCCAACUUCUUCCUGCUCAAAAAGAAAUUCCCCCAUUCGUUUUAGUUACUGUAAUUGACUUUGAAAAAUGUGGAGUACAGUAUUGGUCUCCCCCUUCUGUAUAAUAACGAACACUGUAGACUGCCCAUCCCCCCCUUUUCUUUUAAAAGCUAAUGAUAACAUUGUAUUAGCAUCUUAACCUUUUAUUAAUUUAUAUGAAAACCGUUCGGUUUGUAAAGAGAACAGCAGUAACAACAUCCUUUGCAAGACCAGUACAAUGCCAUUGCACUUUGUUUUUUGUUUUUUUAAAAAAAGAUAAAACAAUUAAAAUCAGCGACAAACAAGACGUCUCUUGCCUGGAAGAAAGAGUGG